CCCACCGCGUCUGUCCUCGCACCCCACCACACUCGCACAAAUACAGUCUCUCAUUCCAACCGACAAUCCAACUGUCCUUGCGAGUCUCUUUACUCAAACCACUAUCCCAGACCCAAUUGCAACCUCCAAUCCAUCCUCUACACUGAUCAAGAUGGCCUAUUUUCCAUUCACUUUCCACCUCUCCUCGUUCUUCACGAACUACCUCUGGCCUGAUAGCCGCUGCAAAACUCAGUCUGCAACCCCUCCAGCGUCUCGUAGAGCCAAUGUGGUUGUACGUAGGACAGUUCGAGCAGCAACAAGAACCUCCCCCCGGACACCCUCCCCUUUGAUGCCAGCUACCAACGCGGCUACUCGGUAUAUAUGUCCCCGACCAGUAUCAAGCAUUAGCACGUAUUUACUCUAUACCAAGUUACUCGCUCGCUCCCCGGUUCGGCUUCUCUCCUGCCACCCCAGCUCCUCCCCCCACCUCUUUUGCACCCUUGACUCCUCGACCCGCAACCUCUACCGACUGCCGCGCCAAUGGCAAUGGCUGGUCCGGCUCCUCAUCACCCUCACACUCGCCCGAAAUCUUGAUGACUGACGUCCCUUCUGGCCUUCCGACCGUCGACUCCACUCCAUCUUCCCCAGAGAUCGACAUGGCGGAUGCCCCACCAAUCCCCCCCACAGUAAACCUGGCCACCGAGAUCCAAUUCGAGGACGACGACGGAACACUGCCUACGGGCUACGUCGGUACCUGGCGAAGCAUACGCCUCACCAUCUCAAGCAACAAUCCCGGGCCCCAGUGUUCCUCCAAGGUCCACCAUCUCACCUGCGGCCACGUCGUCUCCACUUCCCAGGCUGCACCAUGUGGGAUCAAUUGUCGGCGCAAGGACCUCAGCUACGCUGAGUUCAGCUGCCCUUCUUGAAUCACCGCAGUUGACCAGGUGGUGCAGUCAGGGAUUCCCACCUCACAGCGUAGCGAGCUGUACGAGGCCUGGAAUCUCGGGAAGAAGGAGUACGUCGUUGGCCGCUUGGUGCAGUUGGUCAAGGAGUACCGCCCGCAGGACGCCGCGCGGGACAUGACCGCACCGGUCAUCUGCUACGUGCAGGCCGACGGUUCUUCCCGCGCGUGUGUCGCUGCCGACUCCACGGGCCGCGACAUGGAGCUCCAGGAGCUCAACAUGAGCUUCUCGAGGCUGCGAGCCGACAAGGAGUUCGCGGAUAGGCACUCGGCCGCCGCCGGU